AUGACUUCAAAACUGGGAUUUAUCCAAACCACUCACACCUCUGUUACUUUGAUUAAUAAGUUCAACUCUUCUUGCAGAUGCUCCCUGCUUGGGAAAGACCUGAACAGACAGUACCAGAAUCCCAAUGAAGAUGCCUUCCCUGAACUCUUCCAUAUGAAGUCCGUCGUGCGCUCGUUGUCCAAAUUAUGCAAGGAGGUGUUUGUCUGCGACCUACAUGGUCACAAUCGCCGGACUGGGGCAUUUCUGUAUGGUUGUGACUCCGGCUAUCAGAGGCGGGAUCCCAGGGCGCCACAUCCACGUAUGUUUUCAACGAGUCCGGAACAGUACCUUCUCGACCGUCUCCUGCCCUAUCUCAUCUCGAAACAGGUGGGUGUUGGCUUUGGAGACAAUUUCCUCCGCUUUCCCCUUCCUUCCUUUCUCCUCCUCUCUCAGCUCAGAAUAACGCUUGUGACCUCUUUCGUAAAGACUAAUGUUGAAGGAAUUUUAACUAACCAGAGAGGUCAUACCUGA